AUGGCCUUGGCCCGAGGGGGCCUGGCGGCUCCUCCCUUCCCCUGGGCCCUCCGGAGCGUAGCCCUCCGCGGGUUUUCUGGGGGUGGCUCGUACGCGGCCGGGGAGCGGCCUGGCUCCCCCUCGGGCCUGUACGAGCUGCUGGGGGUGCCGGCGACCGCCACGCAGGCCCAGAUCAAGGCGGCCUACUACAAGCAGUCCUUCCUUUACCACCCGGACCGCAACUCCGGCAGCGAGGAGGCGGCCGAGCUCUUCACCCGCAUCAACGAGGCCUACCUGGUGCUGGGCAGCGUGGCCCUCCGGAGGAAGUACGACCGCGGCAUCCUCAGCCGCCGGGACGUCCGCACGGCCGGCAAGCCCUCGGGCACGGAGGCCCCCUCGAGCCCGCCUCCGAGGAGGACUCAGAGCUUCACGGCCACCUCCGCCCCCCGGCACCAUCCCAACAAGCCCAUCUUCGACUUCGACAAGUUCUACCGGGAGCACUACGGCGACCAGCUGGAGCGGGAGCGUCUCAUCCGCGAGAGGCGGCAGGAGCUGAAGAAGCGCAAGGAGAAGGAUCAGUGGUGGAACCCGGACAGUCUGAAGGAGAUGGUGGCUAUUCUGGCCUUCGUUUCUGCUUUGGCCUUUUUCUUGGGCUCCAGAUGA